UUUUUUUUUAUUUUUUUUUUCCUCUUUGUAUUUCAGAAAAAAUAAAUAAAAAUGGGUAAAGGGAAAAGAGCACAUACGAUUAGUAUCCCAAGUAUCAAUUUGACUGCACCCAAGUCAUCAGCUGAUCAUUCUUAUGCUCCUUCAAACUUUAUUGGUUCUCUUUCUGGAUCAGCUUCAGAAAAAACUCAUAGUUCAGUUGAAAGAUGGAAGCCUCCUCGUAAACCCAAAAUGAAAUACGAUGAUUUAGAACAUAAGAUGGAAGCUACUCCUCUUUAUGUUCUUGUCUGUACUUACCUUAAUUACUUUGUUCUCAUCUUAUUUGGUCAUUUAAGAGAUAUUCUUGGCAAAUUUUUCAAGCCCCAAGAUUAUAGUCAUUUAAAGAAUAGCCAGGGUUAUGCUCCCCUUGUAUCUGAUUUUGAUUCUUUUUAUACUCGAAGACUUUAUGUAAGAAUUCGUGAUUGUUUUAAUCGUCCAAUCACUGGUAUAGCUUCAAGAACAGUGAAAUUGCUUGAUAGAGUUUCUACAGAUUUUAAUAAAACAUUCAAGUUAACGGGCACAACUACAGAGGCACUUAAUUUUGCAUCCUAUAAUUAUCUUGGCUUUUCUGAUAAUCAAGGUCCCUGUGCUGAUUCUGUUGAACAUGCGGUUCAAGAAUUUGGUAUAACAGCCGCUAGUUCAAGAGCUGAAGCAGGUACAACGAAACAUAUUCAGGAAUUAGAAAAAAUAGUCGCUCGUUUUGUUGGUAAAGAAGCUGCUAUGUGUGUUAGUAUGGGCUUUGCUACUAAUUCAACCACGAUUCCUUCCUUGGUUGGUAAAGGAUGUCUCGUCAUUUCUGAUGAAUUAAAUCAUGCUUCUAUUGUCUUUGGUGUUCGUCUUUCAGGUGCUUCUGUACGUGUCUUUAAACAUAAUAAUAUGGAUGAUCUUCGUGAAUUAUUACGUGAAGUCAUUAGUCAAGGUCAACCUCGUACUCAUCGUCCUUGGAAAAAGAUUUUAAUCGUUGUUGAAGGUCUUUAUUCUAUGGAAGGUACAAUUGUUAAUCUUCCUGAACUUAUUGAACUCAAAAAGGAAUUCAAGUUUUAUUUGUACGUUGAUGAAGCACAUUCUAUUGGUGCCCUUGGUGAAAAUGGAGGAGGUGUAUGUGAUUUCUAUGGUAUUGAUCCUGCAGAGGUUGAUAUUCUCAUGGGUACAUUUACAAAAUCAUUUGGUGCAGCUGGUGGUUACAUUGCCGGUGAUAAAGCCAUUAUUGACCAUAUUCGUUUGCGUAACCAUGCCUAUAAUUAUGCUGAAUCCAUAUCAGUCCCCGUCGCUCAACAAGUAAUAACAUCUAUGAAGAUUAUUUGUGGUGAAGAUGGUACUGAUACGGGUCGAAAGAAGAUCAAGCAACUAGCAGAGAAUUCAGUUUAUUUCAUUGAACGUCUAAGAGAAAUGGGUUUUAUUGUUUAUGGUGAUCAAGGAAGUCCUGUUAUACCUUUAUUAUUGUUUAAUCCUGCAAAGAUUCCCGCGUUCUCUAGAGAAUUAUUAAAGCGUGGUAUUGCUACAGUCGUAGUCGGUUACCCUGCCACACCUAUCAUUACUUCUCGUGCUCGUUUCUGUCUAUCUUCUGCACAUACAAAAGAGGAUCUUGAUAGAACAUUACAAGCUGUAAGUGAAGUAGGUGAUAUCUUACUUCUUAAAGUCAGUAAAGAAUCAAAAUAGUGUAGAAAAAAAAAUCCCUUUUCUUUCUUUUCCCCCCCCCCCUCUUUUAGCCCCUUUCCCUCUUUUCUUCCAUUCCGAAUUCUCUCUCUUUUUUUCUACUCUCUCUUUUCGUCUCUCCCCCUCCCCUUAAAAAUAAUAAUAAUAAUAAUGUACAUGUAGCUUAAUUGAGAAAAAAAAAAUAAUUAAUAAACUAUCUGAGCCCUAAACUGUUACACACUAA